AUGUCAUCGGCUAGAACAAAAAAAGGAGCAAGUGCCCGUGCCGGUGCCGGUGCCGGUGCAGCAAGUGCCCGUGCUGGAAAAAAAGAGAAAAAGACCAAAGCAAAAAAGGGAGCUGCCGCUCUGGAUGCUAGUGGCUCGACUCAUGGAGAAUACAAUCAAUUGGGCCUCUUGGAAGUCGUCCAACAGCGAUUUCUGAAAGAUGUCUUUGAUAAUGCCAAAGCUGGUCACUCUGGUUGGAAGAUCUUGAUCGUAGAUGAUCCAUCAAUGAAGGUAAUUUCAGCAACUGUUGGUAUGUACGAUAUCAUGGAACGGCAGAUUUCUUUGGUCGAAUCUUUGGAUAAGAAGAGAGCUCCAUUCAAAGAUAUGGCAGCCAUCUAUAUAUUAUCACCAACUAUAGAAAGUGUAGAGAAGCUAGUGGCGGACUAUCAGGAUAAGUCAAAGCUUCUAUAUGGCGAUUCAGCCUUUGUAUACUUCCUGGGUCCCGUACCAAAGCAACUUCUUGAAAUGGUUACGCAAUGCAAGCAGCUGGUGAAGCGCCUGAAAGCUCUUUCGGAGAUUAACGUCGACUUUUUGGUGAAGGAAGAUCGGGCAUUCAAACUAGACGUGGAUGCCGAAUUCAGCCAGUAUUAUGCAGGAAAGGCGGGAAAAGAAGCAGAGACUGCAAUCGCUGAGAAGUUGGUUACACUUUGUGCUUCGCUGAACGAAUAUCCAUACAUUCGAUACAAUCAAUCAUCAGGACCCUGCACCAGUCUUGCCACAAAGUUCAAAAAGAAGAUGGAUAAAUUUGUAUCCAAGAAUCCCAACUGGUGGUAUCAUGGAAGUGGAAAGAGUGGCAAGCAAAGUACGGAAUUGGAACGAUCAACAAUCUUGCUGUUGGAUCGUGCAUCUGAUUGUCUGACCCCUUUGAUGCACGACUUUACCUACCAAGCCAUGGUCCAAGAUUUAUUAGAGAUUGAUGGUGACAAAAUCACUGUUAACGUAGAAAGUGCCGAUAAUCCUGAUGAUUACGAUGCCAAGGAUGUCUUGCUGAAUGAUAAGGAUAAGCUGUGGGUUGAAUUGCGUUCAAAGCACAUUGCUGAGGUUAUUGAGAUCCUGUCGACGCGAAUUUCGGAAACUGUUAACUCUGGUUCUGGAAAUGCUUUGGGAGGUUCUGGGAAGGAUGUUUCUCUGACUGAGCUUGCGUCAGCCUUGAAGGCAUUGCCAGAAUACCGUGAAGUCAUGGCAAAAUUAUCCCAGCACAUGCACAUUUCUCGUGAGUGUAUGGACAAGUUCAGUGCCGAAGGUCUUAUCGACCUGAGUGAAAUUGAACAAACACUAGCCACUGGGGUAGACGAAGAUGGCGAUAAGGUCGAUACAGAUGACCUCGUUGGUAUGGUCGAGCAAUCCCUUUUGCGAAUGAAUGAUUCCCAAUCACGUCUUCGCCUUGUCUUGAUUGCCAUCGUCGGCCUAGGAAAGAAACUGUCUGACAGAGAUAGACUGCUUCGUGCAGCAAAGUUGGAUCGGGAUCAAAUGUUGGCUCUGGACAGUGUUGAGAAACUCAGUGCUGGUGGAGGCACACCGAUGGAACGAAAAAAGAAAAAGAAGGGUGGAGGCGGUUUAUUCAGUAAAUUCAAGGGGGGCACCGAUGACGAAGAGGAGGAGAGCGAAUAUGCAUCGAGCCGAUACGUACCCAUUCUGAAGGACAUUCUUGAUGACCUGGUAGCAAACACAUUGAGCCUUGACGACUUUCCCAGUGUUGUUCCCAUGCCACCUUCAGCCACCGUUGCUUCUGGCAGCAAGAGUGCGAGAAGCGCCCGAAGUGCGAAGCCUAGUGCUCGAGCAAAGGGUGCUAGCAAAUGGGGCAAAGGUGAUGCUAAAGCUGGAGCUGAGGCUAUCGCUUUUACCGGUUCUCGAAAUCUUGUCUUUAUGCUUGGGGGAUUGGCGUACUCAGAGAUGAAGGUGGCGCGCAAGGUGAUGGAAAAGGAAUCUCGGGAAAUCAUUAUUGGAUCUACAGACUUUAUGAACCCAGAGGAUUUCACAAAUGCUUUGCAAACCCUCAAUUAA